AGUGCUUCUGGGAAAAGGUCACCGAGGCCUACAACGAGAUUAAGUCGAAGGGGUCCCGCCGCCGCACAUUGAAGAUGCUCCGCGCUCACUUUGACCGAGUCGACAGAGAUGUCAAAAAAUUCUGUGGCAUCUACAAGACUGAAGCGGAGCCACGGGAGCCGACAUUCUGAUAUCGGCUUUGCGAGUCUAUUUCGACGACACCGACAAAGAAUUCAAACAUGUUGAUGUUUGGGAGGUUGUCAAAGACGAGGCAAGGUGGGCCAGCGGUGUCCAAUUCAGCACGGGCUCGACCUCGAAGCGCACGAAGCACACGGCGGGUGGCUAAUACUCGUUUAGUGGGAGCGGUCCAGGCAGCGCGGCACAAGAGGUUGCCUCGCAGGUUGAGGGCACGGCGGACGAUGAGGGGAUCCUCCCGUGGGCGCCGUCGGCCGCAAGGGACCAAAGAGCAAGACAUGGUAGAUGAGGAAGAAGAUCAGAAUGGAAAAAUCAAACCUCCAUUUUAGUCCAUACUUUAAUAAAAUUAAGUCAAUAAACUUAAUGUUCUGAUAAUUAGGGCUAAUUUCGAGACAAAGAUGGGACUUGGACGAGCAUGCAAAGUAGCAUCAAGAGUGUGGAUGUGGAGGAGCUGGAGAUGAUUCUAGAAGCAUAUUUUGUACAGAUUGAAGGCACGUUGAACAAGCUAUCAUCCGCUCUGAGAGAGUACGUAGACGACACAGAAGACUACAUAAACAUAAUGCUGGAUGACAAACAGAAGCAUCUCCUGCAAAUGGGAGUGGUGCUCACUACAGCCACUUUGACUGGGGUGUUUGGGAUGAACAUGGGCAUCCAGCUCUUUCACCCCAACUUAUAUGGGAUGUCCGACUGGCUCUGGACCGUCGGUGGAAGCACCAUAGCCUCUGUUUUCUGUUACGUAAUCGCUGUUGCCUGCUGCAGGUACCAACGCCUCUUGGAAUGAAGACGGAGGAAUAGAGUUAUGUUUUCGUGCUUGCUUUACCACAAUCCAAUGUUGAUCUUGUAGCUUUUUUAUUACUUAUGAUUAUGAGUUGGUUGCUUCACUUUUUGGUGAGAUACAAAGAUGUUGCUCAUUUUAUGAAAUUGAUUUCU